AUGGCUACACGUAAUCUUACAGAUGAACAGAUUGCCGAGUUUCGUGAAGCUUUCUCUUUGUUCGAUCGAGAUCAAGAUGGUAAUAUCACUUCAAACGAGUUGGGUGUCGUAAUGCGAUCCCUUGGUCAGUCACCCACAGCAGCUGAAUUGCAAGAUAUGAUCAAUGAAGUAGAUGCUGACGGAAACGGAACCAUCGAUUUUACAGAGUUUUUGACUAUGAUGGCUCGUAAAAUGAAGGACACUGAUAAUGAGGAGGAAGUGCGUGAAGCUUUCAAAGUAUUCGACAAGGACGGAAAUGGAUAUAUUACGGUUGAAGAGCUCACUCAUGUAUUGACUAGUCUUGGUGAGCGUCUUUCUCAAGAGGAGGUCAGCGAUAUGAUUCAUGAAGCCGAUACAGAUGGUGAUGGUGUCAUUAACUAUGAAGAAUUUUCUCGAGUUAUAUCUUCAAAGUAA